GAGAGAGAGCGAGAGAGAGAAAGUGCCAGGGAGAGAGAGAGGUCAGUCGUGAUGAGCGGAGGUUGACUCCUGAUGACGCAAAGAGAGACCGAGCAGGGUGAAAGGAGGAGGCAGACAGAAUGGCUGCCCGGUGCCGCAGCUCCAAAUGCACCGUAGAAAGGAACGGAUUCAAGCGGGAACUCGAUACCUGGCGGCACAAACUGAUCAACUGCGUCGGGUUUGAGAGCAUUCUGGAGGGAAUCUAUGGCCCGUUGCUGCUCAGAGACCUCAAUAUUUUUGACGACUGUGAACCCGAGGAGCUAGAGGACUGGGCAGUGAAAGCCAGUUGUUCCUUCUGCAGCCUGCUGAUCAAUGACCAUGUCCCAGUGGCCGCCUCCCCCUCAGACGACACGCCCUCCCAAGCCCCUUCCCUCUCGGACAGCAGCCUAUCAGCUCACAGGUUCCUCCACGCUGUGUUCCAUAAGAAAGAGCUGGCGUCCAGCGGAGACCCUAACGUCCCUCUGGUGGCCCAGGAACUGAUGAAGAGGAUGGUGAGGCAGUUUGCCAUGGAGUACGCCUCCAAGACACGCCUUACCACCACCACAGGCUCCCAGCGUUCUGACCUCGACUCACCUCUAGACCUCACUGUGACACGGAACCAGGAGGAGGAACCCACACCAGCGGACAGUGUGCUCGACCUCUCCAAGCGGAACUCUGCCAGCUCGGCCUCCACGUCACCCACCAUUCACAAAGCCUCCGGCUCCCUGUUGCCCCCGGUUACGGAUGAACCCCAGAGGGAAGCAGAGGAUGCUGGGAUGCCCGAUGCCCCAAGUGGGAGGAGCUCUGCUCUGGAAGCGGUACGCUCCACGUUAUGCCCCGCCCAUCGCUCUCUGCUCCAGCGAAUCCUGAGGCUCGCCCACCAGCAGCACCGUCUAUCAUUGGCCUACAGGGACGCCCAUCGCCGCCUCGUCCCGCCCCCAGACCCUCUCUGCGGCCACCUGGUGGCCAAACAACAGGACGACACUUCCUCUCCUCCUUCCUUCACUGGCUGUUGGAGCCGUCGUGGAGCCACGCGUCCGACUGACUGGAAGACACCAGGUGGUCCAGGCUGUUGCUGCUGGCUGCCUCCUGUCUGUUUCUGCCUCCAGAGCCUCCGCUGCCUGUCCUGCCAGAGCCUGUCCCUGGGACACAUCACCACUGGGGUUCGCUCCUCCUCUUCUCUGUGCUCUUUCACAUCCUCCUCUUCUCGUUCAUCCUCCGCUCUGUGCCCUAAUCCCUCAGUCUGUCCCGUGGCCUCUGUCUGUUGCUCCAACCCCCAGCCCUGUGCCUCCUGCUGCUCAGAACACACCUACCUGGCCCCGGUCAGACACACAACCCCGGGAGGUGGAGGAGGAAGCGAGUGCCCUGUCCUCAAGAGAGAGCGAUCCCGCACCCCCUCUCCUCCCCCUCUCUCCCCCAUACCCUCAGACAUGGACGGUAAGGAGGAAGACAAGCCUCCCUCUCUUCUGCAGCAGGAGGGGGAAAAAGAGGAGGAGGCUGGGUGUGGUGGGGAGGUGGGUGAGGACAGGGAGCAGCAGGAGGGGGAAAAAGAGGAGGAGGCUGGGUGUGGUGGGGAGGUGGGUGAGGAUCCUCCACUCAGCUCUGCCUUAGCCAAUCACAACCUAGAGAAGGAUCCCCACCUGACGACCUCGGCCAAUCGGCACAUUGCAGAGUCCCAGGCCGACGCCCACCUGAGUGAGAUCAUCACCACCGUUCUGAACACGGGUGGCGGCAGCGACUACAGCCUAAACGACAUGUUGCAUCACCAUGACAACAACGAGAGCCAUCCACCUCGGACGCGUUCCCGGCGGCGACAGGAGGCCCUGGCUGCCAUGGCGACUUUGCCCGACCAGUCGUCCGCCCGGCGCCAGACCGUGCUAAUCAAACGGGAGCUGGCCAGGCUGAACCAAUCGCUGGGCAGGAGGCUGUCGCUAGGGAAGAACAAGAGCCGCAGUGCCACGCCCUUUUCUACCUGCUCGUCACCUGAACCAACCCCUGUUACAGCAGAGAUAGACAGAAUCACAGAGGAGGAGGGAGAGACCGGUAGAGUGAAGGAGGGAGAGACCGGUAGAGUGGAGGAGGGAGAGACCGGUAGAGUGAAGGAGGGAGAGACCGGGGAGGGAGAGACCGGUAGAGUGAAGGAGGGAGAGAGCGGUAGAGUGAAGGAGGGCGAGACCGGUAGAGUGAAGGAGGGCGAGACCGGUAGAGUGAAGGAGGGAGAGACCGGUAGAGUGAAGGAGGGAGAGAGCGGUAGAGUGAAGGAGGGCGAGACCGGUAGAGUGAAGGAGGGCGAGACCGUUAGAGUGAAGGAGGGUGAGACCGGUAGAGUGAAGGAGGGAGAGACCGGUAGAGUGAAGGAGGGAGAGACCGGUAGAGUGAAGGAGGGAGAGACCGGUAGAGUGAAGGAGGGCGCGACGUCGAAGGUGACAGCAGAGGAGGCAGGUCCAGUGAGAGUCACGAAGGAUAGAGUCGGCAUGAAGGAGGAGAUGGAGAAACCCCCAGUCCUCUCCUCUACACAACAGAGUCCCCCGCAGGAGGACCAACACAAACCAGAGAGCUGGAACAUCACCUGUCAGGACAGCAGUAGGAGUGACCUCCCUGAGAAGAGGAAAGAGGAGGAGUCACCAGGUAGUACCAGCAGCACCUGUGACCAUGGCAGUGGUCUUCCUGAGAGGAGUAGAGAGGAAGAGGAGGAGUCACCAGGUAGUACCAGCAGCACCUGUGACCAUGGCAGUGGUCUUCCUGAGAGGAGUAGAGAGGAAGAGGAGGAGUCACCAGGUAGUACCAGCAGUGGUCUUCCUGAGAGGAGUAGAGAGGAAGAGGAGGAGUCACCAGGUAGUACCAGCAGCGCCUGUGACCAUGGCAGUGGUCUUCCUGAGAGGAGUAGAGAGGAAGAGGAGUCACCAGGUAGUACCAGCAGUGGUCUUCCUGAGAGGAGUAGAGAGGAAGAGGAGGAGUCACCAGGUAGUACCAGCAGUGGUCUUCCUGAGAGGAGUAGAGAGGAAGAGGAGGAGACAGCAGGCAGCAGCAAGGACAGUAGCAGAGUGUCAGCCAGGAAUAGCCCUUCCCACCCCUGCAGAACCAGGAGAGGCAGCAGGUCCCAGCCAGGCUGCAACAGCCAGGUGGUGGUGGGGAGGAGCAGCGAGGCUGGGAGGUCCAGGAGGAGCAUCGUCCCUCCCCAGCGGUUCUCCUCCUACGUCACAGAGCCCAGGAUGAUGUAUUCUGCUGCCUGUUUCUCAGAGAGGAUCUUCUCCGCCCAGAGGACGCCAAAGGAUCGGCAACCACUCAAUGCCCCCAACACCAAUUGCACAGACUCCCCGUCCUCGGCCACAGACACGGCUGAGGGGUUGGGCGAAGCAAGAGAAGAGGAAUUACCGCUGGCAUCCAGUCCUGAGGAUGUCAGUCAGGAGAGGAUGGGAGGCAGAGGCUGUAGAUCAACAGCAAGAGGUCAGACUUCAGACCGUGAGUCACAGAGACGAGGUCAGGUGAUUCCCGUCACUGCAGCUUCCUCUGAGCAGCAGAGUCCCCCUAAACAGCGCUCCCAGAACAGGGCAGACGUUAGGCUCAGAGCAGCCAAACCUUUUGGGCGCUUACGCUCCUCCCACUCCGCCCAACAGUCCCAACCAGCGAGCCCUCAGACAGCCUCCAGGCCAGAGGUCCCCACAGGGCAGCCUCAGUACAUCAGCCCCAUCAAGCUGAUGUUUGUGUCUGCAGUAGUGGGUGAGGAGGGGGUGAGGUACACCCUGAAGGCGGCUGCACCAGGAUCCAGCUGGCAUGGACAGGAGACCUUUGACCCCUGUGAGGAGUCAUCGUGGGCUGGAAGUCCAGAGAAGACCCCAGAGAAGACUCACAAUCCACCGAAGACCAGGAGUCCACCACAGACCAGGAGUCCACCGAAGACCAGGAGUCCACCCCAGACCAGGAGUCCACCCCAGACCAGGAGUCCACCCCAGACCAGGAGUCCCCUCCAGACCAGGAGUCCCCUCCAGACCAGGAGUCCCCUCCAGACCAGGAGUCCACCCAAGAACACCAUAUCGUCAUCACCAAAGCUGUGUGGAACGAUGAGACGAGGAGAGGGGGGUAGCCCGCCAAAACGGUCUCCCGGGUCCCAGAACGGAGACGGCUCGCCUCCUUUUCGUGAAACCACCCCCACAAAGAGACGUCCGGGACGUCCCAAGAAACUGGGCCCCCAGCUGGAGAAGAGGGCCAAGAGGCCGAUCGGCCGCCCGCCCAAGCAAAGGGGUGUAGAGCCGAGCUGUGGCUCCAGGCAGGGUGGUCAGGACCGGUCCAGUGGAGUUCCCUUAGGCUGCAGCACCAGGGAGGAGGGCAACGAGGAGAGAGACCCAGCCAACAGGAACCUGAAGAUCACCGUGGUGUACGGACGCUCCCACAGGACAAAGAGGACAGUGUCGGAGGAGGCUGCUUGUCUCCAGGCUACAGAGCAGCUGAUGGAUCUGAACUUCGUCAGACCGGUGAAGGAGAAGAGGUUCGCUCCCCAUGCCAGCAACAGCAGCAACAUUAUCAAGUGCCAGAAGCUGCAGUGUACCGCGGCCAUGCGUCGUCCAGGGAGACCCGCCAAGGUCAAGAUCUCCGGAAUCUCUGUUACCGUCACCACCACGUCGCCGGGGAAACGCAAGGUCCACAUGAACCGGGACAGGAAAUCUCCGGAGAAGCUCUGUCAGCGGAAAGCCCUCCUUCCUGAACCCCAGCCUUCCAAAGAGCCCAGGAAAAUCAGCAGCACGCCGACUAGCGAGGACGCCACUCGGAUGCAGAUAGAGAGAACGACAGAGUCCAAGGAUGGAGAGAGGGAGCGUCAGACCCAGACUCCUCCUGUGUUGGCGGUGCGUCACUCUGUGAGAGUGAGGAAGCCUUCAGUAUACCUGCUUCACUCUGUAGCCACCUCCACCUCUAGGUCCCUGAGCCACAGUACCGCCCUGCUGCGCCGAUCCAGACAGCUACUGAUCAACAGGGCCAGCAGCAAGGGCAGCCAUCGCAAGAGGAAGGAGGAGGGAGGAGAGGACACCCCAGGGCGGGAGGAGCUGCUGUCCGGGAGGGAGGAGAGGAGGAGCGAGGGAAGAGGAGGGGUGUUGUGUGAGGACCUGAGCCAGGUAGCGGGGGUUUCGGUAGACUCCAUUUUCCCAGCCAGCUCCAGCGAGGCGUUGAGGUGGUGGCCCGUCUCCUCCGACCAGGACAGCCUGAACCAAGAGCUGGCUCGCAGGAUCCGCCUCAUAUCCCAAAGCUGGGUCGCUGCCACUGCCGCUACCACCCAUACCACCAGGACGGGGACGAUCAUGUCCGCCAAGCAGAGACUCGACGACGACUCUUUGUCCUCCUGGGAGCCAGAGGUUGGGUCGGCAGUGCGGCUGCUGUUUGACCGGCGCUGCAGCGUGGAGAGGCUGGCCUCCUGGUUCAUGCAGACCACUGAGACUCAGUCUCUGGGCAUUGUGAAGAAGACCAGCUCCCGAAACCCCUAUGAGCUCCUGCACUACCCCCGGAACGCCAGCAGGGAGAGCGUCUUUCCCAGCCCGCAGACCAUACGACUACGCAAACACAUCAAGAAGUUUGCCAAAGCUGUGCCGAAGAGCCCCGCCCAGCUCCGUCUGGCCCAGGAACGGCUCCAACGUGGAAGAGAGCUGAAUGCCAGGCGGCGUCUGUUCACUGCGAGGCCGGCGUCUGGCGGGCUGCGUCUUAGAGCUCCUUGUAGGAAGGUCAGGGCCCUCGGGACGUACAGAACCACUCUGCUCAGAGUCAGAGAAAAGUUCCUCACCUGGGCCCUCAGAGCCAAGCAGCCCAACAGGCUGAUCUGGAGGAGAAGCCUGGUGGAGGAAGGCAACUCACCUCACCAGGUCUGGCCUUCUGCUCAGCCCAGGGAGGAGCUCACCAGGUCUCCACAUCACCACUGUCUACCUGCCUCCUCAGAGACCAGUCAUCCCUGCAGCCCCAACCAGCUGACAGGCCUCACCAAACAGCAGCGUCUCAGCUCUAAAGCCUGGAGUCCAGAGAGACUGAAGGAGUGUUGCGUGUUCCUCAAGAAGAUCAACUCCCCCGACACAGAGUCCACCGUUGAGAAGGAGUGGGACGUCUGCACCGUCAAUCUAGACGACACAUACUGCCCCGACGAGACCAGACAGGAGGAGAGGAGCGGAGAGGACGACAAAGCUGUGAAAACGGAGAGAAGGAAGAGGAGAGUUCCCUGGAAGGAGUCUAGCGGCUCGCCGCAGGAGGUGAUGGUUCAGGAGCACAACCAGGUCCGAGCCGGGAACAGGAGAGGCAAACAGAAAAAUUCAGGGAAGGCCACGAGCCAAUCACAGACCCCGCCGCCAACGAAAGCCACGAGCCAAUCCCCGACCCCGACGCCAGCGAAAGCCACGAGCCAAUCACCGACCCCGCCGCCAGCGAAAGCCACGAGCCAAUCACCGACCCCGCCGCCAGCGAAAGCCACGAGCCAAUCCCCGACCCCGCCGCCAGCGAAAGCCACGAGCCAAUCACCGACCCCGCCGCCAACAAAAGUCAUGAGAAAAUCGCGUGGGAGGGGCCUGACCGGGCCGCGGUGGCGUGACUUUAUACUGGGAACCUGACUGUCCUCCGUCCCGUCUCCGCGGUGACUGUGUUGUAACUGUAUUGGCGGGACGCUCCUCCCUCCAUCUCCGCGGUGACUGCGCGUAAAACAACUCGGUGCCUUCAGACUGCCCCUUGGCAUUAUGUAGCAGAAGGAAACGUUGAACCAGAAGAAGCUUACCAUUGCACUAUUUUUAAACUAUUCAGCCCCCCCCCCCCCCCACACACACACACACACUGCUUUAACAAAACCAAACUGUGUAUAUGUUUGUACAGAACGUUUGUUUUUAAAACUUUGACACACCUUUCUUCUGCCUUGUCUGAUACAACUACCAACCCAUCAAGUUCUGUUGUAAUGAGCCUGGAGGCCCGUUUGGGAGAGGACACAUUCAAACCCUGCGUCUACUAUGACACCCUAUCCCCUAUAUAUAGGGCACUAUUUUAGACCAGAGCCCUAUGGCACCCUAUCCCCUAUAUAUAGGGCACUAUUUUAGACCAGAGCCCUAUGGCACCCUAUUCCCUAUAUAUAGGGCA